UGAUGCUUUACAUGGUUACUUACCCUUAUGACUUGUUGUCAUAUUGUCACGAAUUAUCGUAAUAUUAGGGACUAUACAUUUAUUGUCGUUCGACUGUUGUAAAACGAAAAUGAACGUUGUCGCGCUAAUAAGUGGAGGCAAAGACAGCUGCUUCAACAUGAUGCAGUGUGUUGCUGCGGGGCAUAGGAUCGUCGCACUGGCCAACCUGCGCCCUGCAAACACAGAUGAGUUGGACAGCUACAUGUACCAGACAGUGGGUCAUCAGGCCAUAGAGCUGUAUGCUGAUGCCAUGGGGCUACCACUAUACAGACGCACCAUCCAGGGUUCCAGCUUGGACAUCAGUGGAGACUACAGUCUGACAGAGGGAGAUGAGGUGGAGGACCUCUAUCAUCUACUUCAGCUAGUCAAGGAAAAGGAGGUUGUUGAGGCGGUGUCUGUUGGGGCCAUUCUGUCCAAUUACCAGAGAGUCCGUGUAGAAAAUGUGUGUAUGCGGCUGGGUUUACAGCCCCUGGCCUACCUGUGGCACCGUGACCAGGAGUCCCUGCUCUCCGAGAUGAUAUCAUCUGACCUCCACGCUAUUCUCAUCAAAGUGGCCGCCUUUGGCCUGUGUCCAGAGAAGCACUUAGGGAAGCCUCUUGCUGACAUGGAGCCCUAUUUGAAACAGCUCUCUCAGAAGUAUGGAGUCCAUGUUUGUGGGGAGGGAGGUGAAUACGAAACCUUGACCCUUGAUUGCCCUCUCUUCAAAAAGAAAUUAGUCAUUGAUGCAAUGGAGACUGUGAUUCACUCAGCAAACGCCUUUGCUCCAGUUGGCUACCUGCGCUUCACCAAGAUGCACACAGAGAGCAAAGAUGGCGUGAGUCAACCUUCUGACGCGGUGGCGAGAGCUUUGCCCCGUGGUAGUUGUCCUUGCCAGAACGCCAUUGACAAGAUGACUGAGGAGGUGGAAUAUGCUGAUCAAGCCAAAGACAACCAGCAAGAAUUUACAUCAGCGUGUGACCUCAGUUGUCAGCGGGGCGCUGGGUUUCCUCCAUCCUGCUCCACCAGAAGUUCAAGGGGCUAUCAGUGGAUCUGUGGACUCAGUGGGCUUCAGAGAACAGACUGUGGGAUCCAGGGCCAAACUGCAGCAGCUUUCAUGCUCCUGCAAGCUGAGUUGGACAGCAGAGGCUGGCAGAAAACACACAUCGUCCUGGUCCACCUGUAUGUAAGGAGCAUGGAUGACUUUGGCCCACUCAACACAGUAUAUAAGAAACACUUUGGCAUCAACCCUCCUGCCAGGGUGUGUGUCCAGGCUGCUCUACCUGCUGGUCAGCUGAUGCAGAUGGACUGUCUGCUCCACAACUGGACCCAGCCUCAGGGGGAUGGAUCAUUCCCCAAGAGAGAGGCCCUCCAUGUCCAGAGCAUGUCCCACUGGGCCCCAGCCAACAUCGGGCCCUACAGCCAGGCCCUCAGGGUGGAUGAGUCGGUGUUCUGUGCAGGACAAAUUGCUUUGGUUCCCUGUACCAUGCAGUUGGUGAAGGCUGGCACCAGGAGCCAGGCCCACAUGUCCAUCAGCCAUGUGAAGAAGGUCCUGGAAGCUGUGAUCAGCGGCCUGACGUUGGCUCACGUUCUCCAGGCCCAUUGCUACAUCACCAAACGCCAAGACAUCCCUAUUGUCAGGGCAGCCUGGGAGGCCAUGCUCAGGCCUGCACAAGAAAAGGACUUGGUUGUAGAGCCUGAAUUCCAACAAGGUCCAUUAGUGGUCUCUGUGGUACCUGCCUUACCCAGGGGAGCAGCUGUCGAGGUUCAUGUCACUGCUGUCCAAGAUGACCCCAGUGAAAGGACAUCCUGUCGCACAACUACAAAGGUGGCUUUUGGGUUGAUAGAAUGCCUCGGCGUAGUUUCCAGUGAUAACCAGAGUGCCACACUCUCUCUUUUCCUGGCCCACUCCGUACCGGGCUCUGGCCAGGAAGUCUUCAAUGGGGAGGAUGUUCUGCAAAAGGUGGGUGCUGCGUUCCACAAUGCCAUGAAGAAGAUGGGUGCUGGGCUGUCGCCACUGUGUGCCAGAGUGUUCUACAAAUAUGCCGACCCACUGGCAGGGCAGAUCAUUACAGGACUCGAGCAGUGCCUGAGAACAUCUCCAGACCAGUUCGGUCCAGCAUUGGCCCUGGUUCCUGUCCUGGACCUGCCUGACUCACAGAUCCUUCACCUGUCCUGCUGGCUCAGUGCGUAGUAAAGCUGCCAGCGUCACCAAGCGCACUCCCAUCCUCUACAGAGUUGGAAUUCGGUGGGGCUUUACCAUCGGGAAGACUCUUGACUGCCAAAGAACUGACACCCUAAAAGAGGACAUGACUGAAUGUGGAAAACAAACAGCCCAUACUGCUUGUUUAUGUAGACCGCUCAUCACCGUGGCUCGGCGGAAUCCACAGCUUAUGCACGUCUCCAGCUUGUAUCAAUGAUGUGUGGUUUUAAGUAUGCGUUCAUCCCCGCGCAUAGCCAAACCCCCGGCAAUGGUAAUCCGCUGUGCCCUCCAUCAGAGCAGCUGUUACCCUGUCUUAAGAGAGGGGUUCUGUGAAAGCACUAAAACCUAAGGCUACAUACCAGAGGACCACGACCUAUAGGGUUCUACAAAGGGAGACGCCGGCAGCGUCCCCUCACCAUGAGGUGGUAAAAGUAUAUCCCUGCAUAUCCCGCUGUUUGGGAUGGCUCCUCUCUUAGCACGCGAGCAAACGCCGCUCGUAAAGGCCUUGCACCACCACUGACAGCAUCUGUGCAGAUGUAAAAGCCUGCAGAUUUACUCAGUGACUGGUUUGUGGCACCGGGUCAUGUGAGUGGAUGAGGUGACUGCGUGUCUCCCGCUCAAGCGCCACGGGACUGAGAUGUGUUAUUAUUGUGUGAUAAGCAAUCAGGGCUGAGCACCUAAAAAAGAUUAAAAACCACUUUGCGCUCCUUAUUGAUUCUAAGGCGGUCUUUUUUAAUAAGAGCGUGACGCUACCAAAUACCACAUGCAGUUUGCAGGGCUGGUGUUUGUGUAUGUGUUUAUAUGUCUACGUGUGUGUGUGUGUGUGCUGCAUUUGAUGCGGUGUGCUGCUGGGGGAACAAAACAACACCCAUUGCUCCUGGAACUUUUUUCUCUUCAAAAAUCAUGAACUUUAUUGACGAUGUGAAUUGGAAAACAUCUUCACUCUGGCUAUGCUCCUCAUUGUAUUUGUAAUGGCGGGUGCACCGUGGGCUAUUGAUCUUUGUCCAUCUAGAUGUUGUUUUCAUUGUUGUUAUCAAAAAUUGAACAAUCGUGGCAACGAACGGUGCCUGAAGAGCUUCAAUGAGGGUCAACAAACACAAACAAGUAAUUAUGUAUGAGGGAGAGCAAACCUGU